AUGAAAGAAACAUCAGCAAAAAUUCCUCAACAGAAAUUUAAAGGACACACUGAUCCUGUCUGGGGCAUCCUACACCUGCCAGGCGGACAGCGGAUCAUCACUUGUUCAUCGGAUGGCUCGCUGCGGGUAUGGAAUUUGAAGAGCGGGAAGCAGAUAGGAGAAGACUGGAGAGACGAAGUAAGCCGAGUAUGGUCUAUCGCGUUGUCUCCGGACAGGAAGACAGUGGUUAGUGGGAGCGAUGAUGGCGCAAUGAGGUUGUGGGACAUCGACACAUGCAAGGUCACCGCUAAAUGGACGGGGCACACAACAGAAGUGGGGUCUGUCUGUUGGAGUCGAGAUGGUCAGAGAAUGUUGAGUGGAUCUAUUGAUGGGACGGUAAGGCAAUGGGACGUGGAAAGCAGAGAGACCAUCCUUGAGCUGAUGGAGACUGGGCACAAUCAAGUGUGGGCAGUCGUCUAUUCACCAGACAUGACCUUGAUUGCGACCGGUGGAUGGGAUGGACCCCAGGCUGGAAAAUACAAGUCCUCAGUUCAAAUCUGGGAUGCAGAUACAGGCAAGCUUGUCGCAACUCUCAAAGGACACACAAACGCUGUGCGCUGCCUGGCUUGGACCCAGGACGGAAAAAUACUUAUCUCUGGGUCUGCCGAUCGCUCCAUUAGGACAUGGGAUACAACGAAGUGGGAGCAAACCGCAGUUCUGGAUGAGCACACUUCUGCUGUCUUUGCCAUUGCAAUAUCUCCAAAUGGCCGCAUCCUUGCAAGCGCAUUACAGGACAAGACAGCGCAAUUAUGGAACCUCGAUAACGGACAGCCCAUAAAUUCACCACUCCAGCACGCAGAGCCAGUGAACUGUGUGUCGUUUUCCACGGAUGGAAAGCUACUUGCAACUGGCUGCGAUGACGGAGACGCAUACACAUGGGAUGUUGCUGCGAUUGUUAAAGAAGCCGGCCUCGACGACCUCCUUUUGGACUUAAAGGUGAGUCGAUAG